CUUCAAUCCUUGACAACAUAAACUUGAAGUUGUGCUGAAGUUCAUAAAUAGAAAAUAUAGACUUCAUUGUUCUACCUAUUUGUUAAAAUAUAAACCAAGUUUUAAACUAAUUUACCUUGUACGUAUCCAAUAUAUACUUGAAAAAUGGCUGAAACACCAAUGUCCCAACGUCUCACUAACGAUGAUUUUCGAAAGCUUCUGAUGACCCCUAGAUCAAAUCCUUCUCAGACACCUGCUGCCCCAGGUUCAAUUAAAGAGGCAAUGAAUAAUCCUAAUUCCAUGCCACCUCCUAAAAUUGAGGAUAAAUCAGAGGCUAGACGUAAAAAGAAAAGCUAUUAUGCCAAACUCAAAAAACAAGAAGACAGUAAAAUGGCAGAACUUGCCGAAAAGUAUCGUGAUAGAGCAAGCGAAAGAAGAUCAGGAGUCAAUCCUGAUUAUCAAGCAGAUGAUCCAAUUGCUACUGCUCAAGCGUAUCGAGCAGUAGCUCCAGACCUGAAAUCUGGAUACGAUGCAGCUGAACGGAGAAGACAGAUGAUCCAGGAGUCAAAGUUCUUGGGGGGUGACAUGGAGCAUACUCAUUUGGUAAAAGGAUUGGAUUAUGCUCUACUCCAAAAAGUCAGGAGUGAAAUUCAAACACUUGAAAUGGAGCAGGAACAGGAACUGGAAAAACUUGCUAAUAAACACUUGGAAGAAAAAGAAAAGGAGAAAAAAGAUGCUCAGAAAAAAGAGGAGGAAGAAAUGAAAUUUAAAACAAAAAUUGGAAGAUCAAUUUAUUAUACGAUGAAUAUGUUAAAAUCAAGACAUAUUGAGAGAUCAGAAUUAUUUAUUCCUGGCAGAAUGGCUUAUGUUAUAGAUUUAGAUGAUGAAGCUGAAAGUGAUAUUCCAACCACUUUAAUAAGAUCUAUUGCAGAUGUUCCUUCAUUUGAAUUGACUACUACAGUAACAACAAAUGAUAUUGUAAUCAAUAAACUUACACAGAUAUUAAGCUAUUUAAGGCAGGGAAAUCGUAAAAAGAAGAACAGGAAGGGUAUGCCAGAAAACCUGAAAGAAUAUGAUUUACAAGAAGAUAAUGCAGAGAAGAAAACAUCAAAAAGAGCCCACCAAGAUGAUUCUAUUUAUGACGACAUUGGUGAUUAUGUUCCAGCUGCAAAAAGCAAUAGACAUCAGGAUCAUGAAAGCAAACGACAUGCAUACUUUGACAAACAUGAUAAUGAACCUGUUGAUAAUGCUGCACCUACAUUUAGAGUUAAUAAAUCUGCCGAAAUAUUGAACAAAUUGCAACAAGAACCAGAGGGAUAUGCAGAAUGUUAUCCUGGUUUAGAAGAAAUGAACGAUGCUAUAGAUGACAGUGAUGAUGAAGUAGAUUAUUCAAAAAUGGAUCUUGGUAACAAAAAGGGACCAAUCGGCAGAUGGGACUUUGAUACUGCAGAAGAAUAUUCUGAUUAUAUGAACCAAAAAGAAGCUCUACCAAAAGCAGCCUUCCAGUACGGUCUCAAAAUGGCUGAUGGAAGGAGAUCAAGAAAACAUAAGGACAAAAACGAGAAAGCACAUCUUGAUAGAGAAUGGCAAAAGAUUCAGAAUAUUAUCCAAAAGAAAAGAUAAUUUUAUAUUUCUAAUUAGAAUUGUAUUAUACAUUAUUGAUAUAAUUAUUAAGGCAUGUAAAACAUAAUUUAAUAUGUUGUUUAUCUUUAAGUAAAUAUUUAUUUUGAAGAAAUGCUAGAAAACAAAAUGGAAAAAGAGGAGACAAAUUGUAUCAACAUAUUGAGGUAAUUAAUGAUUUUAUAGCACUACUGUUUGUACAUGAUGUUAUGUUGCUUUUAUAUUUUAGUACACAAGACAGAAUUUCUUUAUAAACCAAACUUAGAUUUUGAAAAAUGAUAUAGUAGUUAAUUUUAUAAUUUAUUGUGUAAACUAAUAUAUGAAAUAAAGAUUGGGUAAACAGAUAAACAGUAAUAUGGUAAUUAGUUCAAAGUUAAUCCUAUUAGGCCGGCUCCACACAUGAGAUCCAACGUUGGCGCCAACGUUGGGUCAACUGUGUUCCCACGUUCGAUGAGGCAUCCAAACAUUGGGUUGAGUUUUGG